AGAGCAACUUGGAUCCAAAAGGCUGCAGAUCAGGUCCUGGGUGACGAUUUACUCUCCUUUCUGCUGGUGGUUGUGGGUGUGAAUACGAAUGGCAGAUGAAGAAAUUGGGUCUAUGCUUAAUCGGGUCCGUCUUUCAGAAGAUGAGAACGGUAUCCUUCCCUUGCACUCGAUCUGGAAACUCGAUGAACCCAAGGUCGAAAAACUGAGAUUAAUGGGGAAGAUCCUAUCCCGCAAGAAGAUCAAUAUGAAUGGGCUGCAUGAUGCGUUGAUGGUUUCUUUCUCUAGCCGGCAUAAGAUUGCAGGAAACCAGGAGCAUUAUGAGACUAUAGCUAAUGUUGCAAGCCAGGUAGAAGGACAUAAUGAUCAUGCUGCUGGGGAUCUGGAGGCAAAUAAUAACGUGACCAGCAAUGCAAGCCAAAUGGAAGGUCACAAUGCUAUUGGUGUGGGAGAAAUUGCAGAUGAAACAGUUCAGCCCCUUCCUACUACUGUAAGAGAACUGGCUUCGGCAGGGAAUAUGGAACAUGUUGAUGGUUUGCCAGGUUUGAUGAGUGAUCAAUUAGUGGAGAUCCCCUUAGCCCUUGGUUUUGAUGGUAUUGAACAGUUACCAAGGCACGAAAAUGGAGCAAAAGGAGGUAGGGGCAAAUGGAAACAAAUAGAGUGUGAGGUGGGGUCCUCGGUGCAUAUGGAAAAACUUACUCAAGGAAAAAGAAAGGGUAAUACAGCAAGUUUGGCGGAACAAAGGGCUAAUAAGGUGCUAUUAAAUAAUACAUGGGUGGCUCUGAUUCUUGGGGAUGUCGAUGGCACUACUUUGACCAUCCAGAUUUCGAGGACAGAGGCGAUUUUAGUGGCGGUGGAGGAUUCGUGGCAUAGAUCGGAGAUCUUGUGGCAGCGAAUUGAUUCUGAGAGGGCGACAACAAAGCAAGGAAGUUCUUCCAUGUUUUCGAUUCAUGAAACUGGCGAAUGUCGAUGGGGGAGUGGAUUUUCUUGGAAGUUUGGGGGAGGCGACAGUUCUGGCCAAUCGAUAGGGGAUUGGGGAGGUGGCGCAAAGGAGAGCGAGGGAGAGGUUGAGGGAGAAGAUAAUCGUUAUGGAAUAGUUUCUGAGAAGAAAAGUAGAGGAGCUGCUAAAGGCUCAAUUUCUGCUGUUCAGAAUCCGCAGAAACUCAUCCUCUCUGGCAAUCAGAUAAGAAUGACCGGGUCAACGGGUUUAGUCCCAGUCCUCCACUUAAAACCACGCGUCCACACCGCCGAGAAGCAAUCCCAGGUGAAACCCGACCAUAAACACCGACAGAUCGGUACCACUGGACGCAGCCCAAACUCAAUCAAAUCCAGUAGAGAACGUUCCUCUCCGACAGCCACAUUACCGGACCGGCCAGACAGCCUCGGCAUCAAACGGGAAAAGCUCCGACGAAGCCCCAAGAGAGGAGUCAAAAACCCUCACGGACUAAUCUAGUACGUUUUUUUAAUAUUGUUAAAUUUAUUUUCCAUUUCUUUCAAUUUUGAUACCAAUUGAGUAUUCAUGAUUUUUUUUUUUCAAUAAAAAUUCUAAUCAUGA